CCGGCAGUGACGUUCGAUUCGUGCGCCGGUGGAACGUUGUGACUGUGUGUGGUUUAGCCCAGCAGUAACAUGCCGGAAAAGCAGAUCAUAUUAGUAAGUGUAACUAUUAAAGGAGGGGACUAAUACAAUUCGUAUAAAUAGACGGUUUGUGCCAGUGGUGGCUAAUCUUGAACUCUCUACUAAGUGGGACUGCUUUCCUUAUCAUACCUAGCCAGCUACAUUAGGUUUAAGGAAGUUAUAUAUACACGAGAUGUAUGUCUGGGCUGUUAAAGUGAUAACAUUAUCUAUUACAUUUCUUCCCAGCAAAUAGUUGUAUUUCUGUACACAAAUAAGUAAUUGCGUAUUGCUUCCUUGCAAGCAAUUUAAAGGGACACUGUAGGCACCCAGAUCACUUCAUCUCAUUAAAGUGGUCUGGGUGCAGUGUCCCUGUCCCUGUUGGUCCUGCAAUGUAAAACAUUGCAGGGGUAAGAUUGCCUCUAGUGGCAGGAGUUUCAGGGAGCAUGACUUUCCAUGCAUGUGCAUUAUUCCCCCCCCAUGCGCCCUCCCCCCCAGCAAUGAAGUGGUCUGGGUGCCAGGUCAUCUAGGGUUAACCCUGCAGCUGUAAACAUAGCAAUUUCAGAGAAACUGCUAUGUUUCCCUGAGGGUUAAUCCAGCCUCUAGUGGCUGUCUCACUGACAGCCACUAGAGGCGCUUCCGCAAUUCUCACUGGAAGACGCUGACGUUUAUAGGAAAGCAUUGAGAAAUGCUUUCCUGUGAACUGAUUGAAUGCGCAUUCCGCGGAUGACGUCGGUAGAGGGAGAUUUCCCCACCGCCGAGGGAGCCUGACAUAAGAGUUUAACUCCUUCCUCCCCCUUCAGCCCGGUGAGAGUGGGACCCUGAAGGUGGGGGGACCUAAAGACCGUAUAGUGCCAGGAAGACGAGUUUGUUCUCCUGGCACUAUAGUGGUACUAUUUCAACCCUUUAUGCACCAGGGGUGGGAGUGAGGGGGGACACUAUAGUGUUAGGAAUAACACUUUGUAUUCCUAACACUAUAGAUUCCCUAUAGAUUUAAUGUGUUACUCCAACACCAUGACCAAUUCUGCUUGGCUUUGUGGCUUUGCAUGACUUUAGAAGUGGUCAUUGUGAUAGGAGGCAGGAUGUACAGUGUUCAGUUUGAAACACUGAACAUCCUGAGCUAUUUUUGAUGGUGGUGUACGCAAGGGACAGAUUCAUGUAAGUAAAGCUCACCUUGGCCUGCCUCUGGCCACCGGACCCUAGUGCUGAUGUCUCUAUCAAGGGUCUUUGCAAAUUAUGCAGAGUCCUCAGACGGUGAAAGAUAUGCUUUAUGUUACUGUUGUUUUGAUUGGUGCUUGGAGUAUCACUUUAAUGUAAAUGUGAGAUGGAGCUUUGUGGCAUUGCUGCUGUUUGAAAUGUUUUUUGAUGGAUGAAAAAGAUUAUGGUAAUUCAUGUUUAUCUUUUUUUAUUUGGCAAUUGGAUGCCAAAUUUAAAAUAUUUCUACUGUUAUUUGUUUAGUUGAAUUAUGACUGUUGAUGCCUUUUACAGGCGUUAAAAAUCUAAAAUGCUGAUUUAAAAUUGUUGCCUAUGUAGGAAUCUAUCAAUGUAUUUCAUUGUUUGCAGCCAUGCGUGACUUACAUUUUUACUUUUUUUAUGCAGGAGGAAGAUGACCUCCAAUAUGAGGAGGAAAUCCUACGCAAUCCGUAUUCAGUCAAGUGCUGGCUACGCUAUAUAGAGUGUAAACUCAGUGGGCCAGCUCAUGCUCUCAAUCUGGUGUAUGAAAGAGCCCUGAAGGAGCUACCAGGAAGGUUAGCUUAAAUAAAAUUAAAAAAAAAUCACUCAGUCUCUGUGACUCUGUCCUCUCAUGGUUUUCUUCUUAUUUCUCCUAACGCUAAUUCAGUGUCUCCUUUUCUAAUGAUACCUCCUGCCCUCGUCUUGUCUCGGUUGGAGUCCCUCAAGGCUCUGUCCUUGGUCCCCUUCUAUUUUCACUUUUUAUACUGCCUCUCUUGGCAAACUUACUACCUCAUUUGGAUUCGACUACCACCUGUACGCUGAUGACGCCCAGAUAUAUCUCUCCCCGCCCGGACCUCUCUCCCACCGUCCUGCAACAUGUCACUGUUUGCCUUUCUUCCAUCUCUGUCUGGAUGACCUCCUGCUUUCUGAAACUCAGUCUCUCUAAAACUGAACUCCUUGUCUUUCCUUCUCCUAAUACUGAUCCUCCUCUUUCGCUCUCCCCUCAAGUUAGUGGUAUCCACAUCAGUCCAUUAUUGCAAGCGCGCUGUCUUGGCGUCAUACUUGAUUCUGGCCUCACAUCCAGUAUGUUGCCAUCUUAAAAACAUAGCUCGCAUCCUCCCAUUUUUUAAGCAAGGUGCUACCAAGGAGCUUGUCCAGGCUCUAGUAAUUUCCUGCAUGGAUUAUUGUAAUCCUCUCCUAAUUGGUCUUCCCAAAAGCCAUAUUGGCCCGCUACAGUCUGUAAUGAAUGCUGCCGCCAGACUGAUUUUCGUCUCUAGUCAGUCCUUUCACGCCUCACCCCUUUGUCAGUCCUUACAUUGGCUUCCUGUAUCCUAUAGGAGUCAAUUCAAAGUGCUAAUCCAUACCUAUAAAGCAUUGAACAAUUCUAGCCCCUCUUAUAUCUCUUCACAGAUCCAUAGGUAUGCCCCUUCUCGGUCUCUCCGCUCUGCCCGUGACCACCUCCUGCCUGCUGCUCGCACCCGUACGGCCAACUUACGCUUUCAGGACUUGUCGCGGGCGGCUCCCUUCCUAUGGAAUAGCCUGCCUACUGCCAUCAGACUCUCCCCUAGUCUUCAAUAGUUUAAGAAGUGCUUUAAAACCCAUCUCUUUAGGAAAGCUUAUGGCCUCCCAGAGUAAUCUCUGCCUCACAUACCUGUCUCUUGCUCUCUCCUAAAGAUUGAUUUCAUGAAACAUCAGGCUGGACAAUGAAGUAACAUGAGCUGUGCUGUCCCAAGUGGCAUGUUCGAUUUAUUUUAAAAAAUAAAUAAAUAAUAGAUAAAUCCUCUGUAUUUUUAAGUAUGUGCUUCUUUACAUAGUUAAUGUUCCUUUUGUAAAAAAAAAAACAAAACAAAAAAAAAACUUCCAAUCAUGAAUCUGUGUAUUAAAAUGGCACUUAGUACUCUUUAAAUGAAUAUCAGCCGCUACCACACUCUAGUGGGUAUCUCCCAAACCCACCUACAAUCACAUGCAAAAAAAUUAGAGAAAUGUUAAUUUCUCUACUUUUUUGAAUGUUCCUUUUUGUAGCUACACGGUGCUCAAGUUGGUUAGAUGCUUGCAUCCAUUCUUUACACGAGAACUGUAUGGAUUCAUCAUAAACAGUUCGUGGUACCUUUUGUGCUACAUUUAUUCUGAUGUCACCAUGCAACUAUAAGAGGCAACACGCUUGAGGAUGCAAAGAAUUUGUGUAGAUGAAAUACUAAUUCUGGGAUUUGUAGGUGUUUAAUCCUUUAUGUCAGCAAUGUUUUCACGUAACUAUAGAGAAGACAAAGUUCUAUACAUUGUAUAUUUAAAAAAAAAAAAAAAACUUUAAAAUAUGGCGCUACAAAUAAUUAAAAUAUACUCUAUUAUAAUAGAAAAGCUGCACCUUAUACUGUGAAAAAAGCUCAAAUCACAUACCUCAACAAUAAAGUGCGCUGUGUGACAAUACUUAAUAUUUAAAGUGCGAAUAUAAAAACAAUGUAUGUAUUCUAAAAUAAUGCUUGAUAACAUGUACAGUGAAAUCUUUAAUAAAGUGCAAUGUGCCAAGACAGACAAUUUUAUGUAAUUCUGUGCAAAUAUUUUUUUAAAAGUGCUACCGCAGUAUGUGCUCCACUCAGUAUAGCACUCAAUUCACAUAAAUAAAAUCCAUAUAUGCUUGCAAAGAUGUCCCAAUGAGGUAUCCCAAAAGAAAUACACUUACAAGAGGAGAGCAGUGAAGUCUGCUCUAACUGUAGUAGCUCCAUUAAGUGCAUGUGCAGGCUUGAGACCGUGAUGCAGAUAAAGAAAUAAUCUAUUAUUAAGACCCUGGUUAAAAUGAUAGCAUAGGUUCCAUUUCUGCAGAUUUCUUCAAAUAAGUGGAUAUUCAUCUAAAAGACAUAGUAAAUGCUUUACCAUAAUAUAUAAAAGAUACCAGAGACAUUAUAAAGAUUUUUAGGUAAUAUAAAAUGGGAAGACUCAUUUACCCAAGUGACAACUAAUGUAUCAUCCUUGUAUACUUCUAUACUACCAUAAACACAAAAUGGCAGAACAUUGAGCAGUGAGACUGCAUGGGCCUGAUCUCUAGACACUAAAAUAGCUUUUUAACCCCCCAAAUUAUUUUUGUUUGUUUGUUUUAACCUCCUCCUGCUAUUUUAUUUCCAUAUUUAGCUACAAGUUGUGGUAUGCCUAUUUAAGACAGCGCAGAAAGCAAGUGAAGAGGAAAUGUAUCACCGAUCCAGCCUACGAAGAAGUAAACAAUUGUCAUGAGAGAGCCCUUGUUUUCAUGCACAAGGUAAAAGCAUUUAAAGUAUUUACAUCUCAAGGGAAUCUGUGCUUUAAUACUUAACUUUGCCCCCUUCCCAUUGUGGUACAACCUUGCUUAGUUUCCAUGAGCUAGAGUCUGCUCUUUAAAACUGUAUUAAUAACUUCUCUUAGAUGCCACGAAUCUGGUUGGACUAUUGCCAGUUCCUUGUCGAUCAGUGUAAAAUCACACGUACUAGAAGAACAUUUGAUCGUGCCCUGCGUGCUCUUCCGAUCACCCAACAUCACCGCAUCUGGCCACUGUACUUACGGUUUGUUCGUGCCUACCAACUUCCUGAGACUGCAGUCAGGGUAUACAGGCGAUAUCUGAAGGUAAGCAUGUGUUGAAACAGUGGGAUCAAUGGGGAAGUUGGUGGUGGUAUGGUAUUGUUAGAAAAUCUUGUUUUAGUUUUUAGCAAUAUUAGUGGUACAAUAGAAACAUGCAAGGUGUUGCUAUUUAGUUUUUGAGAAUAUCUCUUUAUAUUGCCUAUAUCACCUAUAUUUAUACAUAGAGGUUGGUUGAAAGCUAAUUUGCAGAACAGGUGAAAAAUAUUUGCAGGACCAGUUUGUCCACCUGUUAGCCUUCUUUCACAGGGAUGCAUUUGACCGUAUUUUCCUCCUGUAUGUGUGAGAUGCCUAGUCCUUAUAAUUUGGUGUGUUUUAGAUGUAUUAGUAGGAUCAGAAAUGAACCCAUAUUCCCAAAUAUUUUUAAAAACAUUCAGUUUAUACAUGAUAUAAAUUGAGCCACUUCAGUCAAUGUUGCUCAACAAAAGAUACAGUUUUUAUUUAUUUAGAAAAUGGUUGUUUGAAAAGCACAUUAUUUGAGGGAAUUGUGAAGAACAAACUAUGAAAUUGCAUUAUUCCCCCAAACAUUUUAUUUGAAAGUUAGCAAAUUAGCAGCAAUAGAAAGGGUGUCGAAGUUACAUAUCUGAGCACCCCAAGUGACAAAUUUAGAUUUAAUUUAUGGGUCACUGUAACUAAAUUUGAAAGUCUUCAUUUUUAUCUUAUUUUAUAUUGGCUAUUUUUAAACUAAAAUGUCCAUGCCUAUUCUCAACAUUUUCCAGCUUAGUGAAUUAAUUUCAUAUCGAUGAAAGGAAAUGAGUAAAAACCUUGUCUGUGGGUGAGCUUUUAACUUAUAUGUAACAUUUUUCCCUUGUCACAGCUCUCGCCAGAAAAUGCGGAGGAGUAUAUAGAAUACCUGCGGUCGGUUGACAGGCUGGAUGAGGCGGCCUCCAGGUUGGCAUCUAUUGUCAACCAGGAUGGCUUUGUAUCAAAGGAAGGCAAAUCAAAUUAUCAGGUACAGUGUGACGGGAAAGGAUGGGGCACCUACUGGGGAGGAGUGGUGACAGACUCAGCAGAGGAAGACAACUUUAUGUAGUAAGGCUUGGUAAACUAGUAUGCAAAAAGUGUUUGUGAAACUAAUGCAUCGAAUGAACAGCAAGAUCUGCCAAAUGUUAAUAAAAAGGAUUAUGUAUAUGUAUAAAAUAAUUAAAAUUGGUUUAUAUUUUGCUUUACAUAUUGCAGCAUCUAGAGCAGAAUAGAUAAUUGGUAAAUAAAUGUGUUCCUUGUUCUUGUUCCUUGUAGCUGUGGCAAGAACUGUGCACGCUGCUUUCUCAGAAUCCGGGUUCAAUCCGUUCCCUGGACUCUGCAGCCAUUAUCCGAGGUGGACUCACCCGUUUUACUGACCAAAGGGGCAAGCUGUGGUGUGCUCUUGCUGAAUAUCACACUCGAAGUGGGCAUUUUGAAAAGGUAAUGUAUGUUAAUUUAAUGUAAAGGAAUAUUAAUGCUUCAGUUUAUAUGAAAGAACAUUCAGGGCUUAAACUGCAAUGUGUAUUGCGCAAGGCAUACAUUUUUUUUGUGUUUUUAUUUGUCCUAGGAGUUCUGCACCUUACAGCAGACAGGAAGUUUCAAUCUUCUGCGGCCUUUCUGGUCACUGUCCUGAUUUAAAUUCCGACUGUUUUUUAUGAUUGACUUAUAUUACCAAGCAGGGUGUCAGAAAUACACCGAAUUCAUGUAAGAUAGGUCUUUGGUCCCCACCCCCUCCCUAUUUUCAUGAACCUUUUUUCCACAAUAUAGGGGUUUUAGUAGUAAAACUUAUAGCAGUCAGAUACCAUAAAUUUUACACCAACAUUUGAAUUUUGUAUUUGUGAUAUGUAACGUAAAUUCCAUUUAUAAUGAGGCAUUUUUGACCCCUUAACCCCUUAAGGGCCGAGGACGGUUCAGGACCGUCAUCGGCAUUUUUGCAUUGCCGACCGAUGACGGUCCUGAACCGUCCUGACGGUCCUGAACCGUCCUAACGGUCAGAGCUACUUACCUGAUCGCCGUCGUUCCCCCGGCGGCGAGCAGCGUGGCUCCGGUUGUGGGGAGACUGCCUGCAGCCCAGAUAGUCUCCCCACGGCAGAUUAGGACCCCUGUGGCCAUGUGAUCGCUUAACACAGCGAUCACAUGGUCACAAUAGGUGUCCAUGUGUCUGCCUGCAGGGGGACUGUCUGUGCUGACAGGCAGUCUCCCUGCAUGUGUAAAAUCAAAAAAAAAAAUAAAGUUAAUGUUAAUAAAAAAUAAAUAAAUAAUUAUAUAUGUGUAUAUAUGAUAUAUAGACAUAUAUUAUAUCUAUAUAAUAUAUGUCUAUAUAUCAUAUAUAUAUAUAUAUAUGUCAUACUAAGUGUAUUUUUAUAUUAAUAUGUACUUAUAUUAAUAUAAAAAUACACUUAAAAUUAAAUUACACACGUAUAUAUAUAAUAUAUAUAAUAACUAUAUAUAUUGUGUAUAUAUAUAUUAUUAUAAAAUAUAAAUAAUAAGUAAUUUAAAUUAAAUAAAAAUUUUUUAAAUAAUAAUAAAAAAUUAAAAAAAAAUUAUAUAGCUAUAUGAAAUUUUAUUCUAACUGUAUUUUAAAAUUAAUAUAUAUAUAUUUAUAUCAAAAUACACUUAGAAUGAAUUUGUAUAUAUAUCUAUGUAUAUAAAAAUAAAUAAAAAUAAGAAAUAUACAUACGUCCAUAUACAAAAUUACAUAAAUAAUUAUAUAAAUAUACAUGUAGACUUCAAAUAUAUAAAUAUGCAUAUAUAUUUAAAUUCUACGUGCAUAUUUAUGUAAUAUUUUUACAUAAUUCAGUAAUUUUAUUGAUUGCAAUUUGAGGGACCUGCUUGCCAACCCAGGCCGAAAUUCCAGAGAAUUUAAUUUGCUAGCAUUGUAUUUUACCCUGUAAUGUUCUACGACACCCUAAAACCUGUACAUGGGGGGUACUGUUUUACUCGGGAGACUUCGCUGAACACAAAUAUUAGUGAUUCAAAACAGUAAAACAUAUCACAGCGAUGAUAUUGUCAGUGAAAGUUACUUUUUUUGCAUUUUUCACACACAAACAGCACUUUUACUGAUGAUAUAAUUGUUGUGAUACGUUUUCCAGUUUUUAAACACUACUAUUUGUGUUCAGCGAUGUCUCCCGAGUAAAACAGUACCCCCCAUGUACAGGUUUUAUAGCAUUUUUGAAAGUUACAAGGUCAAAUAUAUGGGUCAAAUAUUUUUACAUUGAAAAUGGCCAGGUUGGUUACGUUGCCUUUGAGAGCGUAUGGUAGCCCAGGAAUGAGAAUUACCCCCAUGAUGGCAUACCAUUUGCAAAAGAAGACAACCCAAGGUAUUGCAAAUGGGGUAUGUCCAGUCUUUUUUAGUAACCACUUGGUCACAAACACUGGCCAAAAUUAGCGUUCAAUUUAGUUUUUUUACUUUUUUCACACACAAACAAAUAUGAAUGCUUACUUUGGCCAGUGUUUUCGACUAAGUGGCUACUAAAAAAGACUGGACAUACCCCAUAUUGAAUACCCUGGGUUGUCUACUUUAAAAAAAAUAUGUACAUGUGGGGUGUUAUUCAGAGAUUUAUGACAGAUAAUAGUGUUACAAUGUCACUAUUGAUAAAUUUUAAAAAUGUAUGUUUUGAAACCGCAAUAUCCUACUUGUACCUAUAGCCCUAUAACAUGCAAAAAAAAGCAAAAAAGCACGUAAACACUAGGUAUUUUUAAACUCAGGACAAAAUUUUGAAUCUAUUUAGCAGUUUUUUUCAUUCGCUUUUGUAGAUGAGUAAAAGAUUUUUCAAGUAAAAGUCAAAAAACAUGUAUUUUUUUCAAUUUUUCAUCAGAUUUUUGUAUUUUUUUUAAAUUAAAAUACAUGAGAUUAUAUAAAUAAUGGUAUGUAAAGAAAGCCCCUUUUGUCCUGAAAAAAACAAUAUAUAAUUUGUAUGGGAACAGUAAAUGAGAAAGCAGAAAAUUACAGCCAAACACAAACACCACAAAAGUGUAAAAAUAUGCCUGGUCGCAAAUGUACAACAUCGCAAAAACAGUCCAGUCCUUAAGGGGUUAAACUUUUCCUCUAGAUUGGCCAUACCAAAUAGGUUACGCCAUCACUGAAUUCCACAUUAAUUUUAGUGGUUUUGUUUUUUUUUCCCCUUGCCUUAAUUCUUCUGCAGUGACCUGGUAGGAGGGGGUUUGUUUGGUUUAGUUGUUAUUAUACAAUAAAGUAUAACAGAUUAUGGCACUCAUGGAAAAUUAUUUUCUGUAGGCUCGUGAUGUCUACGAGGAAGCUAUUCAAACAGUUACUACAGUUCGAGAUUUCACGCAAGUGUUUGACAGCUAUGCUCAGUUUGAGGAAAGUGUCAUUGCAGCCAAAAUGGAGACAGAUAGCGAGAUGGGGCGAGAGGAAGAGGGUGAGAAACAUUCUGCUAGUGUUAUUUAUUCCUCUACCUUUUAUGUUGUACUUUGUCAAUCAUUCUUCCUUUUUUCUCUGGUCAGAUGACCUUGAUCUAGAGUUGCGAUUGGCUCGGUUUGAGCAGCUGAUAGAGCGUCGGCCUCUGUUACUAAAUGGAGUAUUACUGCGGCAGAAUCCACACAAUGUCCAUGAAUGGCACAAAAGGGUACAGCUGUAUCAAGGCAAACCACAUGAGGUAUAUGUUCUUAAAUUAUUACUUUGUCAUAGACUACUUCCUUUAGUAUUAUUGUUAAAGGCCUUAAAUAAACAAUUUUAGGCAUUGUUUUAUUUAUUUUCAUAAUUUACAUUGAGUACUAAAAUGCUCAUACUUAACUCUAAAAAAUAUUUUCAGCCCUCCUAGUGUAAGAUUUUCUGUGUGAAUAACUAUUAGGCAUUACUAUUACUUUUUGUACUUUGUGUAAUAUUUAGAUUUUCUGUUUGCUUCACUUCUCUUGAGAUGAUGUAGAAUUUCUCAUAGAUUUGUUGUUUGUUGUAAUUUAUGAAUAUAAAACAAAUUUGUCAGGGUUUUUUGUUUGUUUUUUUUACUGUGUGACAGAAGGAGCAUUGUAGUUUUAAGCACUGUCAAGAGUUGUUAAUUUGUGUUCCCGUUAGAUUAUAAACACAUACACUGAGGCUGUUCAGACUGUGGAUCCAGCAAAAGCAACAGGAAAACCCCAUACACUGUGGGUGGCGUUUGCAAAGUUCUAUGAGGACAAUGGACAGAUAGAUGAUGUGAGUUUGUUUUGGCUGUUACAUAUUUUUGGUUUCUCUUUCAUUUAAAACUAGAGAAAUGAUCCUGUUGUUGAAAUAUAACCGUGCAACAAUAAUUUAUGAUUAUCAAGAGUUUGUCCCUGUAAUAAAGCCUACGUAUGUAAACACAUAAUGUCACCACAAAUUAUCAUUCCACCAUCCUAUGGUACUUUUAAAUUGGCAUCUACGUUUGGAAUUAUGUUAUACUCUUUCUAAUUAUAUUAUAAAAAAAAAAAAAAAUAUGGAGUAAAAAAAUGUUUAUUAAAGGAACACUCCAACCCCUAUAACAUCUUCAUCUCAAUUAAAUAAUUAUGUGAGCUGGUGGUCCUUUUGCUUUCUUAACUUAUUACCCAUACCCUCCAUUAUCCUACCAGCGCCUGUCUGCUCUACCCACUUGUCUGCUCCAGCACUGAGACUGAUAUGGAAGGUUUUCUCUUCCCAUUGGGUGCUGCUGAUAGACUGAGAUGACCUUUGUAAGGGGGUCUGGAGUGUUUCUUUAACUUAUGAACUUUUGGGGGGGGCAUAUUGUUUAUUUUGUAUCAGGCACAUUCCAAUUUGUUUUGAAUAUUUUUAUUUUUAAGCAUAUUAGGAAUUUAGGCAUCAAACUGAUUUAUAACAAGGCAAUUGAUUGCCCACGCAGGGGCUGCAACAUUAAUAUAACACAGUAUUCCUUCGGUUGCCUGCGCAAAGCGGGUUUGUUUUAAAUGCUUCUUUUGUAAUUGGCAUUGCAGAUACAAGCAGGUAGUCAUUCAUGUUUCAUGGGAAGCUCAUGGUUGCCUGCGCAGAGGCGUUACAGAUAAAACGUGCAGGUACAUUAGGAACUAGGGUUUGCAACAGAUACUAGCUCUAGGAAUCCACAUGACUUCGUUCAGGUUGUGGGCUUAGAUUAUUUUUACAUUUGUCUUGUUGUUUGUCAUCUAGCUGUGUGUUGCUAAGGGUAGACAGGUAAACGGAGUCGUUACCAGAGAGGUAUGGUGGUGAUGGUGUGAAGGUCUAAGGCUAGUCUUGGGGCGUGAUUUCCCAUUUCCCUUAGGGGCUUUGGUGGGAAUUCAGCUUGUGUGUCUGUAGAUGGUGCGUUGUUUGUGUUUUGUCUCUGUGCAUGGGGCGUGAACCGUGCGCCUAGGUGGUGAUUGUCGUCAUUGUUUUAGGUUGUCCGGGUGGUCGUUAUGGUGCCCGAGGCCCUUUGUGGCUGCGUUGUUUGUGUUUUGUGUUGGUGGUUUAGGGAGGCAGUUGUUGUCUAACCUAUGUCUCUGAUGGCUGCGAAACCCGUGUAUGUAUGUGUACGUGUGAUUAUGCUCCUUGUGGGCUGUGUCUCGGAUCGCUGCCUUCUGGUGCUUAUUGUCGCCUGCAUUUGCGUUUGGGUUGCCUGUGGAGGUAUAUGGCUCGUGUGGGCUGGUCGUAGGGUGCAGUGGUGCCCCCUCCUCUGUGGUAGUGUGUGGUCGUGGAGUCAUGUCUUCAUGCGGUGGUGGGGGGUGGGUCUGAGUCUCGGAUGAGGCAGGUCCGUGGGUAACUGCCUGUUGCCCUGGGGGCUGUGGCCCUACGGGGUCCGGUCCGCAGUAUGGUUCUAGUUGCCUCCUGUCAGUGGGUGAGUGGUGCGAGGUCGGAACCCGCUAGGGGGGGGUGGGAGGGGUGUGGUUGAGGGUGACCCGCCUUCAUGUCGCCCCAGGUGCAGGCCCCCGGAUGCCUCGUGGUUGCGUAUCCCAGGUUUCAAGGUGGGUUCAGGUAUUGUAGUAAUUCAUCUGUGGCAAUGUGUCUUAUCCAGUGGAGCCAUCUAGUCAUUUGCUUUUCUUUCGCCGCUGCCGUGGUAGCUUUCAGGUCCUCGAAUUUUCUUAUGUCUUCCACCUCCUCCACCCAGUGUCUGAGUGGGGGGGCACGUGAUUGUUUCCAGUAUAUGGGGAUAGUCGUUUUCGCCGCAUUGAGCAGGCGUGGCACCACUGAUUUUUUUUAUACGUCGGAGUGGGCAUUGUCGUGUGGUGUAGUAGGAAGAAGGCUGGUGACAUGGGUGGGAUGUCAUCCGUCACUGUGUGGAUGACUUGUCGUAUCGCUUCCCAGAACGGCUGGAUGAGGGUGCAGCCCCACCAGAUGUGGAGGAAUGUUCCGUCCUCCUCUCCGCAUCGCCAGCACGUGGCCGGUAUUGAGUUGUGGCGUGCAUGGAGAGUGGUGGGGGUGAUAUACCACCUGGUGAGGAUUUUGUAUGAGUUUUCCUGAUGUCUAGCUGAGCUCGGGGUCUUUUGAACGUGCCAGAUGAUUUUGUCCCAGUCCGCGUCGUUGAGUUCUUCUUCUAGAUCCUCUUCCCAUCGUCUGAUGCAUGGGGGGGCCAAGAGAUAUCUGUUCGUUACUAGGAAUUUGUAUAUCAGGGAGAUUGCUCUCGGUGGGGCUUUGUCCUGUCUGCACAGGGUCUCAAACUCUGUGCAAUCUCUUGUCAAGUAUGGGCGCUGGGGGAUGGAGUGUGCAUAGUGGGACAUUUGUUCCCUCGCCAGCUUGUGAGCGAAUGUGUGUCUCUGGUCCGGGAAGAUGGCCUCUAGCGGCCUGAUUGUGAAUGGGGGUGAAAUGAUAUCCACCAUUCGGAGAGUCGUGUUGCCGGUUACUGGGCGCGCAUUUGGGCCCAUGCCGCCCGCCGGGAAGUCCGGGUUGCCUUUUAAGGGAAGUAGCGGGCCGGGGUUGGUCGUAAGAUAGUGUUUGGGGCCAGCCUGGUGCCAGAUGCGUAGGGUGGCUUUCACGAAUGGGUUGGCGUGCGGUAGUUGUUUGGUGGCUUCUUUCAUGAUCCAUGGGAGGGUCGUGAGGUCGCAUUUGGUGGCAUCUGCCUCCAGGUGUACCCAGGGUUUGUCCCUGGUCUUUACUGACCAGUUGAUUAUUCGAGUGAGGUGUGUCGCUAGGUGGUAUUUCCGCAGGUCUGGGAGAGCCAGGCCCCCUUUGAGUUUGGGGAGGGUUAGCUGAGUGUGGGCGAUUCGGGGGGGCUUCCCUUUCCAAAUGAAAUUACGGAUUAUGGCUUGGGCGGUGGUGAAGAAUGACUUUGGCGCCUCUAUGGGUACCGUUUGGAAGAUAAAUAGGAACCUGGGUAGCAGGGUCAUUUUUACCGCGUUUAUACGUCCCAGCCAAGAGAUGUAUGUUGUACUCCAUGCUUGGAGUUCGGCCUGUGCUGUUCGCAGAAGCGGUAGGUAAUUGUGAGAGUAGAGGUCCGUUGUGUCUUGCGUGAGCCAUAUCCCCAGGUAUCUCAUCUUGGUCGUGCACCAUCGGUAUGGAAAGCGUUGCCGAAGUUCGAGUUGUUGCGGGUAUCGGAUUGUUAGGCCUAGAAUUUCCGAUUUGGUGUCGUUGAUGCGCAUGUUGGAUAUCCUGCCAUAGGUCUCAAAUUCCUGUUUGAUUUCCUGUAGUGAUCUGGUGGGUUCUUGGACUAGGAAAAGAAGAUCGUCCGCAUAGGCCAACACUUUGUGGUGCGUUUGGCCUAUUUGCAAUCCGUGGAUCUCCUCGUUGCUGCGGAUUUUGUUGAGGAAGGGUUCUAGGGUGAGUGCAAAUAGUAUGGGUGACAUGGGGCAGCCCUGGCGCAUCCCGUUCCCAAUUUGGAACGGGUCUGUGAGUGCUCCGUUGAUUCUGAGCCGCGCCGUCGGGGUGGUAUAUAGCGCUUCCACCCAUUGAAUGUAUCCUGGUCCAAUGCCUAUGGUCCGGAGGGUCUCGAACAUAAAGUUCCAGUCCACCCGAUCAAAGGCCUUUUCGGCAUCUGUCGACAGGAGUAGGGAUGGCCGUGCGGAUUGUGAUGCUACGGAGAUCAGGUUCAGCGCCCGUAUGGUGCUGUCCCUGACCUCUCUGCCUGGGAUGAAACCCGUCUGAUCAGGAUGUAUCAGGUCUGGUAGGAGAGGUGCCAGGCGGUUGGCCAGCACACUGGCGAUUAGCUUGAUAUCGACAUCGAGGACAGAGAUCUGACGAUAGCUCUGGCAGGAAGUUGGGUCUUUGCCGUCUUUUGGGAGGAGCGUGAUGUUUGCUGCCGCGAAAUGGGCCGAGGGCGUCGCCCCGUCGCGGAUUGAGUUCAGGGCCUUAUGCAGUUUCGGGAGGAGUUCGGACUGAAAGGUCUUAUAAUAUUGUAACGGCAGACCGUCUGGUCCUGGCGACUUGCCCGUCUGCGCUUUUUUGAUGGCAAUCGAGAUUUCCUCUGGGGCAAUGGGUGCGUCCAAUAGUUCGCGGUCAGGGUCCGUUAGUUGGCGUAGUCCUGCUGAUGCCAGGUAUGUGUGAAUGGUAUUGAGGCCGCGGGUUUCUGCGGCGUCUCGUGCCUCUUUCUGUAUGUUGUAUAGGUCUCGGUAGUAGUUAAGGAACGUGGUGGAGAUCUGGUCUGGGAGGUGAUGCAUCCGCUGGGACGAGUCUUUAAUUUUGCUAAUGUAGAGAUGCGUCCUACGGCGCUUCAAUAGAUUUGCGAGUAGUCUGCUGCAUUUAUUCCCGUGUUCGUGUACUAGAUGUCGGAAGUGCUGAAAGGACCGUUGGAUGGUGCGGUUCAUAUGCUCAGCUAGCUGGGAGCGUUUAUGGAGAAGAUCCCUAUAGGUUGUGGCGUCCAAUGUCCGUUUGUGUUGGUUCUCCAGAAGGGCUAUGUCCGUGCUGAGGUCCGUUACUGUUUUCGCGUGUGCCUUCUUCCGUGCCGAGCAGUGUGCAAUAAAGUGACCUCGUAUGACCGCCUUGUGUGCCUCCCAGCAUGUUAGGGGUGUUGUGUCCUCGGUUUCGUUGGUGUUGAAGUAGUCCUGGAGGACCUGCGUGGUCCUCGUCACCAGGGUGGGGUCCGUUAAGAUGGACUCAUUGAGUCUCCAGGAAACUUGACGAGGUCUGAAUAGUGGGGACGUGAGCCGUAUGCGGACUGGGUUAUGGUCCGACCAGGUCAUCGGUAGAAUUUCUGCCUUUACCAGGAGGGGUAGGCUGUGGUAGGGUAGGAGGAAGUAGUCCAGUCUCGAGUAUGUGUCAUGCGUCGUGGAAUAGAAUGUGUAGUCUCGUAGUUCAGGAUUCAGCGCCCUCCAGCAGUCUGUAAGUUGAUGGUGUUGGAGUAGUUGGAGCGUUCUUGCGUGCCUGCCGGGUGGUGUCAAUGCGUGUGUCGCUGAGGUGUCUCGAUCGUGUAGGGGGAGGUUAAGGUCUCCUCCUAUAAUCAGCGUGCCCUCGGCGAACCUCAUCAGAGCUAUCAUGACCCUGCGGAGAAAGUGGUAUUGUUUCGUGUUUGGGGAAUAUAUGUUCGCGAAGGUGUAUUUCUGGUCAUGGAUGGUGCCUUUUGUGAAGAUGUACCUCCCGGAUGUGCAUCGGAGCGUGUCUUGUUCAAUGUAUGGGGUCCAUCUGGAGAAUAGGAUGCCCACUCCCAGCGUGCGGCGCUGUGGAUUAUUGCUGAAGUAUCCCACUGGGAAGUUGCGGUCCUGGAGUGAUGGUGCUCGGAGGCUUUGAAAGUGGGUCUCCUGGAUGUAUGCUACCGACGCUCCGUACCGUUUCAAGUCCCUGAGAAGCUUGGUACGCUUUUCACGGAUGUUGAGUCCAUGAACGUUAUACGUAACAACGCUCAGGUCCUGUCUGACGUGGUGGGCCCGUCCCGGGGCCUGCCGACCCGGGGCGGCUGCCAUAUGGCGGGGGGUGGUGGGUAGUGGAAAGGUGUGGGUAAGGGGUAGCGGGUGCUUGGUGGGUUUGUCUGUGAGUUUGUCCUAUGCCUCUCUUGGUGUGCUCUCCGUUAAGGUUGGGGGUGUGGACAGGUAUCCGGACGGUGCGUCCCUGGGUUCCCGUGUUCUGGGUGCCCGGGGUUACCUCCGAAGUAUGGUACCCCUCUAGCGUAGGGGUAAGUUUUGUCCUAUGCCCUCUGGGGGUGAGUCGAAGGCCGUUUCGCCUCCGGCCCUAGCUGUCUGGAUUGUCUCCUGUGCCCGCUCGGCACGGGUCGGGUCUGUAUGCCCCGUCUGAGUGGUGUGGCCGUGGGUAGUGGGCUAGACAGUGGUUGUGGCUCGUGGUGGUCUCAAUGAGUGAUUCGUGGCUGCACCCUUCUGUGUGCAUUUUUUUUUUGUUUGUUUGUUAUUACAGUUAGUGUAUUUUUCAGCAAGGUGGCAUGGUUGGUGGGCUUCCUGCAGUUGUAUGGGUUUGGUGCCUGAUUCACCAUCUACUUAUAUGUUCCAGGUGUGGCGGGAACGGUGCGUGGGUACCUAGUGGUCCGCGUGACGGGUGGCUACGUGUGGUUUCUGGGGGUGGUGGGCUAGCGCUGUGGGGUGCCCCCCUAUGGCUAUUCCCCUCAUUAGGGCUAGUCCCUGGACUGCAGCAUGCGUGCUUUGCUUGGGGUCUAGAGUUAAUGGAGUUAGGUGUUGUUGGGUCCGGUUUGGAGGUGUGUGGGGGGUGGUCUCACUUUUACCCGUCUCCCCUCCCUGCUCCUGUUGCUUUAGGGUUGGCUUUGCGAGGUGGGGUUGUAGUUCCCAUGACUUUUUUUUUUUUUUGUAUUAUUUAAAUUAUAUAGAUUAAUAUAAACAAGGUAGCAUUAUGAUUUUCCUCCCCCUCCCCUCCUGUCUUGCUCCUCCUCAUUCCCUCCACCCUCCCUCUCCACAUGUGUUUGUUCCUUCUCCCUUUCCCCCCCUCUCCCGGAUGGUUCUUGUUCCCCGUCUCUCCUUGUGUCCUGCCCCUUCCUCUACCCCGUGUCUCCCCAUGCUCUCUCGCCUUCUCGUCUAGAAUCUCCUCCCCUGCUCUAUCUCCCCUCCUACGCUGUGGUGUGCCAAUGCCUCCCCCCGUCCCUCUAGUUUUCCCCCCCUCACCCUGUGUUCUAGGUAUGCAGUGUUGUGUCCCAGCUGUUCUUGUGUACUGCGUGUUGUCCUAGAGUGUCAAUAAGGCCGCUAUUGCUGUGUGUGUAUCCGUUGUAUUCGUGUGCAUAGUUCGACCCUCUCCCUGUGUCCCUCCGGAUACCCCUGUCAGUGGUUCCCUUACUUCCCCUUGGUCUGAUCCCCUUCUCCCUUACUGCCGUGGAGCGUGGCUCUCCCUUGUGGGAGUGGAGUUCGUGUCUCUAGUCUCUGUGCCCUGAAAGUGUCCGGAUCCAAUCGAGGAGUUCGUAGUGCGACUUACGAGUGUCCUGGUGUGGUCCCGGUUCCCAUUCCCCCACCCAAACAAUGUCCUCCCCCCCCCGUCUCCCGCUCCACCAGGCCGGGGGAUGUUCGUGGGGCCAUCGACCCCCGGUUGCAGCGUCUCGCUGCUGGGGCGGCGGCCAGGUUUUUGCCCAUGCUGUUCAUGCCUUUUCCCCUCCCGCAGUGUGGGUAGCCCCCCUUGCGCCUCUGCGCCCCCCGUGGAGAAGUAGCCAAUGUCCCCCGAUCAUCUAUAGUGCCCUUACUCACUGUUGUGCGGUGUGUUGUCUGCACCGUUCCUCCGUCCUGGCUGUGUUCGUAUUGCGGCUGCUAUUCUUCGGGUCUGGCCGGGCCAGGGCGUCCCGAGGGUCUGCGCUGAUCACUACUUGCUAGCCUGGCAGGCGGUGGCGGUGGAGGGCCCGCUGCUUGCUGUAUGAAGUGGUGGGUCAGCCAAUUCUGGACUCUGGUGGGCGGGAGUCCCAGUGCCCGUUGAAAUCCCUGGACAUCCGCCGGUGCCUUGAUGGUGUGUAGCUCUUGUCCCCUGCGUGCGGAGAGGGAGAAGGGGUACCCCCAGCGGUACUGGAUACCCGCUGCCUGGAGUGCUGCUGUUACUGGUCUGAGGUUCUUCCUGGCUUGCAGUGUGUAGCGGGAGAGGUCUUGGAAGAUCGUCACUUCUUGAUCUUCCAGCCUGAUGCGGCCCAUUCGGCGGGCGUUGCGGAGAAUAUCCUCUUUGAGGAUAAAAUUAUCCAGGCAGCAGAUGAUGUCACGUGGUUGUUCCCCCGGUGCUGGUGGUGCGCGGAGUGCGCGGUGGGCUCGUACAAGGCCUAUUCUGGGUUGUUGUCCCCCCAGGGCUAGGCUGAAGAUUGUGCGGAGGAUCUCUGGGAUGUUUUCAUUGGGACCCCUUUCUCUGACCCCACGCACCUGAGGUUCAUUCUGCGACUCCUGUUGUCUAAGUCGUCGACCCAUGUUGUGAUAUGGGUCAGGCUCGAUUCGCAGCCUGUGAUCGUGGAGACCGCAGCAUCAGUGUCUUCGCGGAGAGCCCGUGUGUCUGCUUCUGUUACUGUCAGCCUGGCGUCCAUGUUGGCAAUAUCAGCCUUCACCUGGGACAGCUCACUGCGGAUCACCUGGCUGAGGCGGUCUGACAGCGCCUCUAGGUCUGCCUUCGUGAGUAGGGUGGGUAAGAUGGCCCUGAAGUCACUCUCCAGCGCCCCCUGGGUGUCAGGUGGGUCUGAUGGUGUCGGGGAGAAUUGCGCGGGAGUUCCCGGGGGUGAGUCCGCGGUCGGGCCUGGUGUCAGAUCGAGGUCCCGCGGCGUGGUGAGAUAGGAGCGGAUGGAGUGCUCCGCCCCGGUCCCCGAUGGUCUGGGGGUGCCGGGGGGGUCUGUCUGCUUCCUAGUGCGCCCCAUGCUCGGUGAUGGAUGCGGGAGGUGCGCCGGUAGUUGCGUUUGAUUGUUGCGACCACGGGGAGCUGGUGAGUUAAGCGGCCAUCUUCUUCGGCUGCUAGGCACGCCCCCCCCACAUUCCAAUUUGUAUUUACUGAAAUGUAUGCAGCCAAUCCGCACAACCCAACAGAAAGGAGACGUCCUGAUUGGUUGCUGAUAAUUACAUGGCCUAUAGGUUUAUUCGUGAAAAUAUGUUUUCAUCUCACAAAGCUGCUCUGUUAGGGAAUAUUGAGUAACUUACCUCAAAGUGGAGGUUGACAGUUUCCCAAAAACACGCUCCAUGUCUGCACCUCACAUUGCGUCUGUCAGACAAACAAUAAGUAAAGCUAAAUUACUCUGCUAUAUUAUCAGUCUCAAUAAGAUAAAUCCUAAAAGACUGCGACACUAGUUUUAAGAUUUUGCAGCACAAACACUGACUGACUGUUAAAGUUUGCAGAGCUGUAUAGAAAUAUUUUGGGAAUUGACAGACUGGAGAUGUUUUAUCAUUCAAAACCUGAUGUAAUCCUUACUCGAUUGCUUAUCUUUUAGAUUUAUGCAUUCAAGGCCUUCCAUAAAAUUUCAAUAAAGUAAAUUUGUUUUGGGUAUUUUUUUCCUCACUCUCUCUCUUCCUUCAUUAGGCAAGAGCAAUCCUGCAGAGAGCCACCCAGGUAAAGUACACACAUGUAGAUGACCUGGCUUCAGUCUGGUGCCAGUUUGGAGAAAUGGAGUUGAGACAUGAGAAUUAUGAUCAAGCCCUCCGCAUAUUAAGGGUGAGUCUCAGAGAAGUGUUACGUAUUGCUGGAAAAGUGAGAUUUAUUGUUGUUUACAUUAUAAAUCACCAUUUUUUUUUAUUGGGGAGAUAACGGAGGUAAUGCUGGGAAAAGUACUAGAUUUAGAGUGAUGUAAUUUAUAUAAUUCUUUAUUUUUGAAGUGUAUAGAUAGACAUUGACAUAUCAAGAGUAAAUGCGACAGUCAUUGCAUAUAUUAUUAUUAUUAUUUUUAUUAUUAUUGCCAUUUAUAUAGCGCCAACAGAUUCCGUAGCGCUUUACAAUAUUAUUCGAGGGGGGAUUUAACUAUAAGUAGGACAAUUACAAGAAAACUUAGAGGAAGGUAGGUUGAAGAGGACCCUGCUGAAACAAACUUAGAGUCUAUAGGAGUUGGGGUGUAAAACACAUUAGGACAGGAAAAAAGCAGUCCAAUAAGGUGGGAGUGAAGCAGAGCUGGAGGAGAGAGUAGAGUGCUGCCCUUUAAGAGAGAGCAAGAGACAGAUAUGUGACGUAGAGGUUAGUCUGGGAAGCUAUAGGCUUUCCUAAAUAAAUUAGUUUUUAGGCACUUCUUAAACGAUUGAAGAGUAGGGGAGAGUCUGAUGGCCGUAGGCAGGCUAUUCCAUAGGAAGGGAGCUGCCCGCGAGAAGUCCCGCAAGCGCGAGUUGGCCGUACAGGUGCGAGCAGCGGACAGGAGAAGGGGCAGAGCUGAGAGACCGAGAAGGGGCAUACCUAUGGAUCUGUGAGGAGAUCUAAGAGGAGCUAAGAUUAUUCACUGCUUUAUAGGUAUGGGUUAGCACUUUGAAUUGACUCCUGUAGUAUACAGGGAGCCAGUGUAAGGACAUAUAUCAGACCAGACAUGUAAAGAGAUUUGAACUUUUUUUUUUUUUUUUUUGGAGAGAGUGUUUUGCAGUGCAUAGGUACAGACAGUGGCAAUGACAUAUGAUGUAAAAACAGAUCAAGAGAAAAACAGGCAUAUAGCUAAAGCUUAAAGUCAUGCUAAAUUGCACAAUUUUAAAGUAAGAAUAAGAGGAUUCAUGCUGGGCAUACAUGUCUAGUUACUAUUUAAACUCAAGAUAUGAAUUCUUAUGAAAAAAUAAACCGUAAGAUAUGUAGCUGAUUAGCUGAUGGGAUUAUAAAAGACAAUUGUGCUAUCCAGCUUGAAAACACAUUGAUAAAUGUAGGCAUAUUAGUGUAAAGAUUAACACAACUGAGUAUUUGACUGAGAAUAAGUGGCAUUAUGUACAGACAGGCACAAAAAAAAAAAUAAAGUGGGUAUAAUAAAUAGCUGCAUAUAUAGAGAGCCUGUGAGACUAGCAGCAACAUGGCAAUUAUAAAAUAGCCUAUCCCCUCGCUAAGCAAUGGCACAUAGGUGUUGAUCUGUUCACAGGAGCCCCAUGAGAACCCCGGAACCACUGGCCUUCACAGGAACUUACACUCCAGCUUCACUGUCCCAGACAUUAACAAAGUCCGGGCCUUUUUCCAGGGUGGCCGCGGUUUAAGAAGUUGCUGCCGCAAUACCAUCUGUGGGUGUGGGCAUUAAGAGGGGCAUCCACCACAUUUGGUUCCCAGCCUGGGAAGGCGCUUCUGCCGCUCUGUGACUGGGGUAAAACUUAAUUCUGCCAGCCUGGCGUUCCGAGGGUGCCGCUCUCCAGCUUGUUGAUGGUGGAGAGGUCAGUGUGCCUUCACUCGCUGAUGCAACAUCUCUCAGAAUUGAUCAAACAGCCGGUCAUAUUUAGUGAAAUCAGAGACUAGUUGCAGGGUUGAGUCAGCUACAUGUUGUCGCACAGUCAUCUUGUAAAGGCCUAAGUGCCUCUGUGUACAGAUAUUUUCUGUUGCAGAUACAGGUGAAUGCAGCAGCUUCCGCAGUGGGGACCGGGAUAACCCCAACCGGUCCAAAGGAGGAGGUAAUGGGGCCAGCAAGAUGAAGUUUUGUAGAGCCUGUGUGAUUCCCCUGGGCAAAGGAGCAGGGCGGCGGCUGUCCACCCCGCUCACUGUCCAAGUAGGCCUCAGUCACAGUAGCUCUCCCUCUAAAGAACUCCAAAAUCACUAUUUUUUCGGGUCUUUACCCAGCUCCUGCAGUUGUUGUCAAAUAUAUCACAGUUAUCUAUCGCUGUAUGGUUACUAUUUUGGCUGUUAUCAGCAAAAUAGGCCUCCUUGUGCAAGAGCUCCUCUUGCAUGCAGCCUGCUAGCAUAGUGGCCAGGCCCUGCCCCCAGAGUGAUGUAAUUUAUAAUGGUUUAUGCUAAUUUAGAACAAUGUCUCAAGACUUCUCCAGUUGAAAAUUUUCAAAAAGGAUUCAAAACCUGUCUAACGGGAAGAUUGAGUUCUGACCCAUCUGAAUAGAUUCUAUGUAUUCUUUUGCCAAGGAAAAGUACUAAUGCAAGUCAUUUAUUUGCAUUUAUUUUGAUCCCAUUGUACAGCACUGCGCAUAUAUAAAUAAUAAAAUAAUAAUAAUGUAGGCCUGCUGUAUUGUAAUGUUUCCUAAUGUGUAUGUUGCAUGUAACAUUUUUAAUGUCCUUUUUAUAGAAAGCCACUGCUGUACCUGCCCGGAAGGCAGAAUAUUUUGAUGCUUCUGAGCCAGUCCAAAACAGGCUAUAUAAAUCCCUACGGGUCUGGUCCAUGUUGGCUGAUCUAGAGGAAAGUCUUGGCACCUUCAAGGUAUGUUUCCUGUUUAGUUCACUCAGUGGAGUUCACACUUCCUCUGAUCAUUGACCUGUAAUAACACUAAAACAGCACAGAAAUACAUAUUUGUCUUUUAAGAAACAAUGUUUGGUCCCAUUAUGCAUAAACUCAUGGUAUAGAUAUUAGUUGCUAAUGCCCUGUCAUUGUAAUUUUUCCCUUUAGUCCACUAAGGCUGUAUAUGAUCGGAUUAUUGACCUACGGAUAGCAACUCCACAGAUAAUCAUCAAUUAUGCCUUGUUCCUUGAGGAACAUAACUACUUUGAGGAAAGUUUCAAGGUAUGUGGACGUUUUACUAUAUUAAGCAGAACAACUGUGGAGCAACGGGAAUUCUGUUCUAGUAUAGGGGAUCAAGGGAUGUGCUUAAGUCGAUUAUCUGUUCUUUCCUUGUCCCAGGCCUAUGAACGUGGAAUUGCUCUGUUCCGGUGGCCCAACGUCUAUGACAUCUGGAGCACAUAUCUUUCCAAGUUUAUUGCUCGAUAUGGUGGAAAAAAGCUAGAAAGGGCUAGAGAUCUAUUUGAACAGGCACUGGAUGGAUGUCCACGCAAGUUUGCAAAAAGUAUGAGGCUGGCUUGAGAUCAGUGUGUUUUGAAGAAUCAGUUGGUCAGUAUGUAUUUAUUAACUGAACGUGCAGCAUAAAUAAAGCUUUUGUGUUUUUGGUAUUUUUUUCUUCCCCAUCAGAUAUUUUCCUCUUGUAUGCCAAGCUGGAAGAAGAACAUGGUUUAGCUCGGCAUGCUAUGGCCUUGUAUGAGCGAGCCACUCAGGCUGUUGAGCCUGUCGAGCAAUAUGAAAUGUUUAACAUAUACAUCAAGAGAGCAGCUGAAAUUUAUGGGGUCACGCACACACGAAGCAUCUAUGAGCGAGCUAUUGAGGUGAUUGACAAAAUCUUUCUUACACUGAAUUAAUGUACAUGUUUCAUCACUGAUUCAUGAAUGGCAGGAUUUAUGUAAAUGAAUCUGAGUGCUGGAGAUGGUUUUUGGACUGUGGGUCUCCAAGAUGUGCAUCCUGCCUAGAGGCACUAUAUGCAUUAAGAUAUUUGUAUUAUUUUUUUAUGGCUGCCAUGAUGUAAUUUUUUUAAGCAUUAUUCACUAAUUCACUAAACACUGUAUUUUGUAGAAAUGGACAUGGCAAUUCUUAUAUUUAUGAAAGCUAUAUUCCGGUCCAAAACUGACCGGACCUGUACCAAUCUGCCGGAUGCAUGUGGUGUCUGGUUCAAAAUCAGAGCUUUACAGAGUAUAGGAUCCAGAAUUUUUACAAAGCACUGAUUUUAAACUAAAUAGAGGUCUGUGGGGUGCACAUUCACAAAUUAUUGUUUAGGUUUGUACAAGUGAACGAUAAUCUGGAUUACUAUUUCUCUCGUAGCAUUCAGCUGGCAUAUAGAAAAGAAUUCUCAGCAGUGGAAGAGUUAACAAUGUGGGGACUGGUCAGCACUUGUGAGCCAGCUGCCACAUUAAGAGUGAAUGUGACAUACUCCUUUAAAGAGCAUGUGAACUUUAAAAACAAAGCCAUUUUAAGAUGCAAGAGUUUGGUUGUCAAGCAUUUUGCUCAUUGUUUGCAGUUAGAAAUAAAAAAUUUCAAGUAAUAUCAUACGAGGUGCACGUAAAGUCUCAUGUGUUAAUAAUGUAUGAAAAGGCAUAGGAGCAGAACAUUACACAAUUCUAGUGUAAUUUAGAUAAUGCAUUUAUAUUAUGCAAAAAUAAAAUAGGUAAAAAAUAAAGAUUGUUUUAAAGGGCUACUCCGAUCACAAUGACCACUUAAGUGGUCAUGGUGGUAGGAGCCUGGAUGUGCAAUGUUUUUUUAGUUUGUUUUUUUUUUUAAACACUGUACAUCCAGAGAUAUUGGCAAUUGUGCGCUGGGGACUAGUUGCACACCCAACACACGUAAUUUAAGCAGUAUGGAACUCUGUUCUGGGCUAAGAAAAAAAAUAAUAAAGAGAGGAGUCACUAUAACAGAGACUUCUCCAAAAGAACAGGACCCUAAAUAUUUAUGAAACGGUAUGUAUUAUGAUCCCCAUUAAAUAGGAUCUCACCAGAGCGUCGCUGGCUAUAUUAGCCCAAUAUGUUUAUUUCAUUUUUAAAAACCCUAUGAGAAUAUAUAGAACUAAUAACACUGAUUGACAUGGUUAUAUCCACUGGGAUAUAUACCUCACUGAAUUUAUGAUUGAUCCCUUGUAUGUGAAGAGCCUAGCAAAUAUGCUCUCCACAUUAAGGCUUUUAAUAAAGACUAUUCCCAAUAUAAACAUAACUCAAGUGUUUAGAAGGCCUUUUUCACUUUUAUGUUUAUCCUAAUAUAGAACUAAUUGGUUGCACUAUGCAAUCACUGGGUGAUUUAGCAUUUACUUGUAUCAUCAAUAUUAAUAUUAAGAGUAAGCAAAAGCACCUUUUAAGACAAAAAAAUUAACAUAUUGGGCUUAUAUUCCCGGGGUCAUAUCCUUUGCAAUGACAUAUUUUCUCUGUUCUGGGCUGCCUAAUGUCCAUUCUGUGCAUAAUUUACGUCUGUAGUCCGUGCACGCUGCAAACAGACUUAACUGCUUUUCCCUUGUAGGAAAAGCUAGCAUCCCUUCCUACGUGUCCACUCCACUGCUAUAUUUUUCUCCCCCAGCCCUCCUCCUUUAUUUUACUACCUUUCCCCCUUUAUUUUCAUGCUCAAAGCGCACUUUUAUUCUCCAAGCCUGUGAAAUCUCUGAGAAGCCUUUAAUUGUAUCUUGACACAACUCCUGUGAUGUCAUUCGGAGUGCACCGAGCAGCGUUGGUAGCAUUGCCCGGUACUGGAAUAAAAAUUUGUUUAAAACCACUCUUUGAGCAUUUUUGUAUGGGGGACAUAUAGAAUAAUGCCAAUAGUGCAUUAUUCUAUUCAGUACAAAAAAGUGUAAGAGAAACCUUUUUAAGUUCCUGCAUUUGUGAACUUCGUAAUGAGUAGGAAGUGACUGUGAAUCUUUCAUCUAAUCAGAACACUCAGUGGGGAACAAAGUAUAUUACUGGUAGCAAUUUUAUUUAGGAAAAAAUAACACUGCUUUGGCUGGCUACUAUCAGCUAACACAAGUAUGACAGAGCCUCUCAAACUGAGGAUUCGUGUAGCCUGUGGCCAUCCAUCCAAGUACAUAUGUUUUGUCAAGGGGCUGAAUAGUAUCCACCUGUGAUGUAUGUGACUGAAGGCUGUGCCUAUAAUUUCAGCAAUUGUUUGGGAUGUAAUUGGCCAAGAAGGAGUUUAGAGCUGUGAACAAUUCCUGAUUUAUUUGUAAGCUGAAAAUCCAGUAGUAUAAACUGUGUUCUAGUAUGGAAGUAAGCAAAUGGUAUAUCUGCAGAUGUAUGCAAAGCAUUAUGGCAGUUUUAGAUCUAUGGCAUCUGGAGGAUCUACCUUUUGCCCAGCCUUUGGUAAAAACAUUGGCUAUAGAUAGAGUAGGAAUUGGCCAUUAAUCGUAACAUGUAAAAUGGCAGGUUAUGCAUGUUGCUUGGUAGAAAAACGGAUAUAAGAUAUAUGAUGUGUGAGACAUGAUUUAAUAAGGAAAAUAUUUUUCUCUCCUUUCAGCUAUUACCUGAUGAACAGUCCAGGGAAAUGUGUCUACGUUUUGCAGACAUGGAGUGUAAGCUGGGAGAGAUUGAUCGAGCCCGAGCUGUCUAUUCGUAUUGCUCCCAGAUGUGUGACCCAAGGGUGAGGACCUUUUUAGUACCAUUCUUUUUAGUUUUACGUAAAAAUUCUUAUAACGCUCUUUCUCUGUUGCUGCUUUCCUAUCUGACAUCAUUUCAACACAGUGUCUCCAAACUAUAUUUUAUGAAGUCCUGAAUUAUGUGGAUAUGGAAUUUUUAUUGCCUGCCUGACACAAACUAGCCUCAGGGUUGCUACAGGACGUUUUUGGUUCACGGCUAGGGCAGAGAGCAUGUGGUCUGCACCUCCAAUGGAUGCAGACUACAGUAAUCGCUCACUUGUGGUCAAUAUUAAGCCAGAGCCCCAGUGAUGAAAGGAGUAAUUAUUGUGGUCUGUCUCUAUCGGAGGUGCAGAACACUUGCUCUCUCACUUGACUACAAGGGACCCAGGACUUCAGAACAUCAGGGAUUAUUGCUUCUCUAGCUGGAGAAUGCCAUGUGUGUAUGAUCAUGUUGUCCCAUCUUUUGCGAACAAACACAGCAAGAACACACUAAUAAUUUACACAUUACAAACAGCCAGCAUACACCAGGCACACAUAUUAUAUUACAACCAGCACACGCAAAACAUAUAUAUUUUUUUUUUUUUACUUAUUUUUGGGCCAUUUGUAUCACUGUUUAGAUUUACAAUUCUCAUUAGAUUAAAGAAUUAAGUUAUCAGAGAUUUACAACAUGGGUUAGACUGUGUCAGUGCUUGUGACCCCCAAAAGGGGGAAAUAGCCACUUUAUGGGGUAAGUUGCUUUUGCCUUAAUUAAUAUGACUAUCACUGUUUUGCCUGUCAUUAUUCCUGUAGCUAACAGCUGGAUUCUGGCAAACCUGGAGAGACUUUGAAGUGCGUCACGGAAAUGAAGACACACUUCGAGAGAUGUUGCGUGUGAAACGAAGUGUGCAGGCCAAGUACAACACUCAAGGAACGUUUCUUGUAUCGCAGAGGCUGAGAGUGGAAGGAGCAGCCAGUGAAGAGUCUAGAGGUACGUGUAGACUGCUUCCACUGACCACAAAACAAACUAUUUUGCUACAUAAUAAAAGUCCCAUUCAGAAGUAUUUGGAAGGCUCUGGACAAUUGCCUUUCAGGGUUAACCACUAACUUGAGAAUUCAAAGUUAAAAUCAAAUGUAAGGUCAUAACAGUCAUACUGGGGGGGCUUAAAUUCUCACUUUAGUAAAUAACACUGCAUCUAUACAGAUGGGGUAAAAAAAGAAACCCUCUACACACACAAGACACUUUUCUAAGCUAAGAAUAACACCUUUAUAGCAUCAGUUUUCUCUUCUGUUGUAUAGAAUAUUCAUCAUAAUGCUGAUUUAUGUAGUUUUGUCAAGUAACAGGCAGCGAGUAAUGAAUCUGCUGACAGCCAGAUAAUGUGUAUCUCUAUUUUUAACACGUGCAUUUUCCCCCCCACUUUUUGCUUUAGGAAAGUUUCAGCCAAACACUAGCUAGAGUCUAUUAAAUUGCUAAACCUUCUACAAAUAAGAUUGAUCUACAUAUUAAAAUAAAUUCAUACCACAGUCCAGUCUGCAGUAUACAUAGUUCUUAGCCAAUCUCUGUUUCUUUGACCACAGGUGACAUUACAAAGACUCCAUCAGGGCUUUGUUUUAGCAUCAGGGUUUAUGCUCUCUCAGCUCACGGUGGCAUGUAGCCAUUUAAAAAUAUCCUAUAGGUCUGUGUCAUAAAUUUUCUUUUUCAAACCCUACACCACCAGUUUUUGUAUUUGUGCUUUAUUUUACUACCCUAGAGGUAAUGGUGAUACUUCUCUGUAAGCCUUCCAAUAAUCACAUGAGUUAACCUAUAGUAUUUCAUGUCUACUCCAUCUCUCUUUUAUCAGAGCCUGCAGAUGAAAUGCAAGCAUUAGAACAAAGGGCAGCAGCUGUAGCGGCUGAGGCUGAGAAAGAUAAACCACAGAUCAAGGAGCGGAUCCUCUUUGUCCGGUAGGUGACAUGAUGGCGGUUAUCUAUAAAUUGUAUUGCGUUUACCUUCGUGUUCGACUUGAUUUAGUGCGAUUGCACCACUUUUAUGUAUAAAACCAGUUACUCCAUACUUUAGUCAUUUCAGCCCCUUUCCUAUGGUUUUGUUGUUUGUUUUUUAGUGAUAUUACUGUUGACUGAAAAUUUAUAUAUUUACACUUUUUAUAUAACCUGUUAAGUUGAAUGGCAUUCUCUAAUUCACCCCCACAGUGUUUAACUCUGCUACUCAUGAUGUGCAUCAUUUUAUUCGUAAACGAUCCUAUCAAUUCCUCCCUCCCCCCUGUGCUUGUAGACUCAUAAGAGGGCAUGCAUCUUCUCACUCCUUUUGUUCCCAAACCAUAGUUCUGAUGCAUCUCGUACUGAGCUGGCAGAGCUCACCCUUCAGACAAAUCCAGAUGAGAUCAAUAUCGGCGAUGAUGAGUCUGAAGAGGAGUUAGAACCGGAUGGUGAGUGAGAACAACUCUGCCUAUGUAUGCUAGGCUUAUUGUGUCUGCUGGCACUUUCAUUAAUGUAAACUAGGUAUAGAUCUUAAAUUGUCACAAACCAAACAAAUAGUUUGUGUAUACUUUGAAUUUCUCACCUUGAAAUGUUCUCUAUACGCAAAUAGAAACUUAGUGAAAAGUGUAAAGGUAGAUGCUAAACAGCUAAAUGGAGCCAAAGAUUAGAGGUUAAGGUAUCUGGCCCAGAUUUACAUAAAUUUUGUUGUUUGGAACAACAUUGACCAUACAUCCAGAGGGCCUUGCUUGUGCACCAGUGGUGAAGAAUGAAUAGCACAGAGUACCUAUUUAUUCUGUUUUAGAUAUUGUAAUGCUAAUAGUCUUUUCUUCCCACAGAGGUUCAGCUGGAGCAAAAAUCUGUUCCUUCAUCCGUCUUCGCUGGGAUAUCAGAAGACUGAGUUAUGAUGUCACUCGCUUGCAGAGUUAGAUGCGGUUAUUAAUAAAGACACACAGAGGCCAGAAUUCAUUCUCAUGGAUUCAUUUUAUAUACAAAUAAUUGCAAAAUCAUUUAAUAUAGAUAUUUAUAAUAAAUCUGUAUGUAUAUUAUAAAUACAAGGUGGGGGUGGUGGAAACACUUAUCAGCUGUGGAGUCCAGACUCGCUGAAAUGAUUCCAUCUACCCUUCACCCACUUACCAUUAUUCUGGAGCAGUAAUAUAAAUAGUGUAUGGGUACAGCAGAUGUCAGGGGUGUUGCCUUGCUACACAGUGGCAGCGCCAACACCUAUAUUUUCACAUUAACCUUUUAAGUGACAGAACAAAACACAUAACUUGUAUUUUUGCAUUACAAUACCCCUCCCAAAGAUUUAAGUAUCUCACAAAGGGAAAUCAUAUUUCCCCAAGGACACAUCACCCCUGCAUCUUGUAGCCAAACGCUGUACACAUUAGAACUGAGCAUUCCUGUCAUGACACAUCAGGGGGUGUGAACAUUUACUGGUAUCCAAGGAUUUAGCCCUGAUUGGUGUGCAUAUAUACUACAGAGGUUGGUAGACAUUUUAUGGAAUCUGAAAAAGGGUAGAGUGUAUGAUGUAAUAUUUUAGACAAAUUGUGCUCUACAGACUCAGUUACUGGAAGGGCAUGGCUGCUCCUUGUAGUAGCGUGCUGCGGCCAGUGAAAAACAAAGCUUUCUUACAACUGGGUAUAUUACAGAGGAGAGGGGAAAGUUCAAGUACAUGAACAGUUUCUCUUUAGGCAUCUUAAAAUUAUUUUCGGAAAACAAAAUCAAGCUUGUUAGUCACAAUACAUCUUUGUACAGAGCCACUCUCAUUUGUUUACUACGCAUUCCAUUGAGAAAUAAAUACAGGAAAAAUGUUUUCAAUGGUCAGGAAUGCCUAUUCAGAAUGUAAUUUUUCUUGGAUGUUGAAGCCUGAUAAUGUAAGGGUACUGUUCUUACUACAUUUUUCCCCCCCAAGGCAAACGCAAACCUCCCAUGCAGAAAUUUUGUACACUGUGCUAUGAUUUAUCUUUAGUGAGGUCACUGAAGCAGUUAUUUUAAAAUAAAGAUAUGUAUAAACCAUGUAAAAUUAAGAGCUGGUUAAGUACAAUUAUUACACCAUAAAUGGAAAACAUCUUCAGUCAACUUUAAAGUUGUUUUAAUAAACGCUCAACCUUAUUUUAAUAAACUAGGCAAAAAGAAAGUGUCAAAAUAGUAUGGGACAAGAAAAGGUGAAAGGAGAAUUUGAAUCUUAUUCCUUUCAAAUAAGUUAAUUUGGGAUUACUGCCGAAUUGUUAAAUUCAUUUAAAACUGGUUGCUAACCUUGGCAUUCCAUACACUUGUCAGUGGAAGUUAACAUCCAAAAAGUCAUGGCUAGCAACCAGCACAUUUGACCAAAAUUCAUACUGCGGUGUUAAAGAAGGAUUUAAAAUGGCAAGGGUUCUAGGUUUGAGCAUUUAUUGAUUUAGCAGGCCUAGAAAAAUCGUUAGCACAUUGUUUUUCAGAACCAUUUAUUGAGUAAGCUAAGUUUUAAAACAGUAUGACAAGUCUGGAAACUUUCCUUUUCCUCCCAAAUUAUGUUCCCAACUCUAUUUUGGCUUUCAGGUUUCUGCAAUUCACACCUGAGUUUGUAUGGGAGGGUCCUAUAAGUUCCUGCAACACAUUAAAAGGGACACUAUAGUCACCAGAACUACUUCAACUUAAUGUAGUUGUUCUGGUGAUCAUAGUCAAUCCCUGCAGGCAUUUUCAUGUAAACACCGUCUUUUCAGAGAAAAGGCAGCGUUUACAUUGCUGCCUAGGAAUACUUCCACUCAGACGACCUGCGUGGCGCCAUAAUAAAGGUGAGUUUUGCUGUAUUUAAGGGGGGCCAGAAACCUAAACAGUGUUUAACAAUAUAGGGUCGGGAAUAAACGUUUGUGUUACGGACCCUAUAGUGUUCCUUUAAUAUCAUACCUUUUAGGACUCAUUGUUAUUAAACAAACUCAACAUAGUUCUGGACAUCAAAUGCCACAAGAAAGGGGGGGGAAUAAAUGCAGUUUGGAAUUAGUUUACACACAGUGCAACCAUGUAUUCCUAAUAGUUUUAAACAAGAUAUUCAAAAUGUAGCAAAUCUCAGUGUAAUGUAACAGGUUACAGAGAAAACAAAAUGGAAUUACUAUUCCAUAGUACCACUGCUGGUUAAAUGGUUCCCAAGUCAGUGUAAGCAAAGUCAUUUAGCAUGUGAGAGACAUUUCAUGUGCACCAGGCACGUUUAAAUUAUCAGUGUCAUAGAUAGAAAGAUAGCUUGUCUAUCUUGCCCGUUCUCUAGCUAGAGUGUCAAAUAGUAGCUCUUCCUAUAUAGUUUCGGGAUCUUUGAGAAAAUAAUGGGUAUUGUCUGAUAUACAGUUGGGUCAUCUUGCAUUAAAAACAAAAAAACUGCUUCUUGAAGACAUGGUGUAGCAUUUCUAAUGCUCAGGACAAAUUAUGAGCCACUGUCCUGAAUGGAGGAGAUCUUAUGAUUAUCAAUGAUAAAUGCCCAGGAGUUCAGUGUAGAUUAAACUUUGCUGGUCCUUUAUCAAUAAUCCCCUUUACCUGUCUUGUAUAACUCACUCUUAUAAGGUAGACUAGAGGCACCAAUACAACUGAAUGCACUUGAGGCUUUGGCUUCAUUAAUUUAUUUAUUUUUGCAUUCUCAAGUCUUUAUAGCUUUUUCAUUAAAAAUGUUUUGCAGAUUGCUGCACCAUAAGCCUGCCUCUUCACUCUAGAGUAAGACUUCCUUAUUAAGUGUAUUCACACAGCCCAGCCACUGACAGUACGGAGUGAUCUGAGUUACAAAGUACCCUGUAUUAUAAAGAGUACACCCUGGGAUACAUAGAGAAACUAUAAAACAGGUAGUGAUAGCUUUACUAUGUUUGCAGCCCAGCUGCGAAUUAAAAGCAGUCCACUCAAUGCUGUUGGGGCUGAGACAGUAUGCAUACAUUUGGUAAGGAAAUCUUUUAGACAUUAGGGGGGUGUGGUUACUAAGGCAGGGUUAUAGUGCAGAAUUCUGCAAUACAUUUACUUUGAUUGCAAAAAAAAAAAACCAGCAUAUUAAUGAAGCCAAAAUCUACUAAAUGCAUUAAAUUUGUAUUUGUGCCUAGAGUAUCCUGUUAAGCAAAUGUGGAGAAGAAUACUUUACACAAAACCUUCUCACGAUAUACAGCGUACUCUGCUGCUUCUUGCAUGCACUUUUCCAGUCUGUUCUAGGGUGCUACAUGAAUAGAUCGUCAACACUAAACUCCGUUCUCAACUUUAUAUUACCCUACAGCUUAAAAAAACCCAAAUACACCCACUGUGAUUAUCACUAAUUCUGAAGCAUUUGAUAUCAAGAAAAAACGAUUUUUGUAGAACACUAGCUUUCACACUACCAAUGAAGCCACACAGUAGAUGCAAACCUUAUUUACAUCCAUAUUGCAUCAACACUAUAGCCACAGUUAUCCUUAUUUGUACCAAAUUAAACAUGUAACUGGAAAGAAAGAGAAGAGCAGAUUGAGAGUGGCAAAUACAUGGCAUGAGUGUAGGAAAUGUCUUUGAUUCUACUUUCUUAAAACUAUCUUGCUCCUUGAUCACUAAUGGCAAGAAUCCAGGUGCCUUUGGGCUUCUACCCCCAAAAUGCUUACAGAGAAAUAUGGGAGACCCAGCCUCACAAUAGGUGCAGGGUUAGAGACCUGCCUACUGUCCUGGCGUAUGUAGCAUCCACAUAUAAAAUAGCCCUCUAAGCCAAUCUUGUGGCCUUUGCGAUUUACAAAAGCAAGGUACCAAACAUUCCUUAUUUCAAAAGGAAGCAGAAUGAGUAGGAAAAGCAAAACCUAGUUCAGCCACCUUUGGAAGCAUUAUUUACUCUUUGUCUAAACAAGGAUGGGACCAGCACUGAGCACAUGUUGCAACUUACAAAAAAAUAAAUAAAAAAAAAUGUAAUAAUGCUUUACAAUGAAGAGGGUGGGAAUAACCAGCAGUGGCUUCCCUAUUCGUCUUCUGUUGUGACUGAAGCACUACCAAAAAUGACUUUUAAAGCAUGUCUAGGGGAAUGUACAGGGUACUUUGUUGAAAUCCGGCACAGGGCAGUUUAUGGAUGGUGAUCUGUGCAGAAUGAGCAUAGUGCGGCAAUGGAUCACACAUACACAGGUUACCAAAAGGCAGUGUGCAGAGUAAAGUUGGGGAAAUACUUUUCAUUUAUGCCAUAAACCUGUAUGGCCUUUAACAGAUAUGUUGACUACUUGUGAGGGGGUAGGGGGAGUCAAUAGGAUCAGAACACAAGAUAAAUGUGAGCAAUGCAAACAGAAAAGCAUGGCAGCAUGAUCGAAAACAGAAAUUAUAGAAGGCACCUUUUAUCAAACAUUGCCAAGAAGUGCUGUAAAUAGCUAAAAAGGUGUGAGCAAGUGGUGUGAAGUUAAGGCACCAGCUUUGCCUUAAAAUUAAAAGGGCAGUGGUUACUAUAUUGGCACACAUGAAGGGCAGUGGGUUAUAAAACAAGAAUAGCCAAUUCUCCCCAAGCACAAAAAAAAAAAAAAAGUGGCACCAUCUUAGUAUAAGUCAUGGGUACAGUUUAACACACAUUACUCAGGACCAAUCAAAAAGGUAAUAAGAGUUGUGUGUGAGUCACAAAAACAGCAAAAUGGUAAAAGGCUAGGCUGUUGAGUAGGCACCAGCUUGGUUCAUGCUUUGAUGAAACCAAGGCCACGUGAUUAAAUAGAAAUUCAUUUGAUCUCAGCUGCAGUGAUAAAAUGUUAAUAGGAUUGCACUGGAAGCAAAAAAAAAAAAAGCGCCACCCAUCUGACCAAAAAGACAAAAAAUGGACAGCACAUGGGCUAAGACAGAACAGAAGAUAGCUAAAUGACUUCCAACUGAAACCUGGUCGCAUCUUGGACCACAUAAUUCAGGCAUCUGUCCGUACACAAUAAGAAGGAAUAUUUAUUUGGGGGUGCCAGCUUUCUUCGGAGUAGUAGGCCUUUUGCUCUGCCAGAAAUGACCCUGAAUGGUGAAGGCAUCAACACUCAUAGACAUGGUCUUGCUGGGUAUCUGGGUAAAUCUCUUUCGGUCUGAGCUGUACUUGUAGAUCUCUUCAACCAUGGCUAGACUAAUAGUACGAGGGCCAUAGCCUGCCAGCCUGGUCAGUUCUUCCGUCUCAGGCAUGAAGGUGUAAACUGCUCUGAACUGACAACUACUGUCACGGAACAAAAUCAAGAAGUGGUUGGAUGCACUCUUCUCAAUGUCCUGCGGAGGUAAAGAAGGUACAAGUCAUAACUUA